CAUAUUGGAAAUAAACUAUUGGAAAAUGGCGCCUGGCUUAAGUAUGGUAGUAUUACUUUUCGCACUUUUACCAGAUACUGUAUUGACAGAAUGCCCUGCUGGCUGUGCCACCUGUUCAAGUUCAACAUGCAUGAGCUGUGAAUCUUCAUAUUACUUAUCCGGUGGCGGCUGUUUUCAAUGUCAUGAGAAUUGCAACAGUUGUAACGGAACAAAUGAUUGCACUUCAUGCAGAGCAAAUAAGUAUAAUCUGGCGAGUAAAUGUACUCUCAACUGUGCAGAUAAUUGCCUAAAUAGUGAAUGUGCUGACGACAAAGGCUCUUGUUAUCAAUGUACACAGGGUUGGUAUGGACAAAAAUGUCAACAUAAUUGUAGUUUCUGUGCAAAUGGACUUUGUGACUUACGUGCUUGCACAUCCGGUUGUACAGAUGGAUAUUUCGAGUACAAUACUGUGUCUGAUUCACUUUGUCUCAAAUGUCCGAGAGAUUGCAAACACUGUUAUAACGGAACUACAUGUCAUGUUUGCAAUGACAAUUUUUAUUUAUAUCAGUUUCAUAGUAAUGGAAAUUCAUUUGUCCAAUGUGCUAUGUGUUCCAAUAAUGCAGACUGUUCGAAGUAUUGUUUGAUUGAAAACUGCAACCAGUGUCAAAUUCAAAAUGGUGCUUUGGUGUGUACAGAUUGCCCUGCAGGGCAACUAUUUAAUGGUAAUACAUGUGUACAAAAUAGCAAAAAUUGUUCUGAAAAAUGUUCUACUUACUGUGACGAUGAUGAUAUGUGUUCAGGUAGUUGUAAUGACGGAUGGACAGGUAAUACAUGUACGGACCAGUGUGAAAGUACAUGUCUGACAUGCGAAAAAACUAAUGGUAAAAGUUGUCAACAGUGUAUAGGUGAUUAUUACACUACUAAUUGCAGUGUAGCUUGUAAUCCGUUAUGUACAAAAUUACACAGUAAACAAACCUGUAGACUGGAUGAUGGAUAUUGUCUGAAUGGAUGUGAAUAUAAUUCAUGGGGCCCUGCUUGUGAUCAGUCUUGUUCUUACGGUUGUAUUGAUAACGGUUUAUCUUCAAUGUGUGAAAGAAGCAGCGGAAUAUGUAAACAUGGAUGUAAGGACGGAUACAGUGGAGAAAAAUGCGACACAAAUGAUACUACAAGCAAAACUACUUUCAAACCUGAAGAUACUUCGCAGUCGAAUAUAACCGAUUCCAUCACAGAAACUACGCUAGAGCCUACCGAGAAAUCUGAAUCACAGAAAGACAAUAAAGAUAUAAUCAUUAUAGUUUCUGCGGCUGGCGGAGGUGUCCUUGUAUUGAUACUGAUUAUCGUUAUAGUUGUUUGUCUCGCGAAAGGAAGGUAA